CUUCUUCUUUUCUCCUUCAUAUUCUCAUUCCAAAUUCAUAUUUAGUAUUCCAAGGAAUCAUAAACAAAAAAAAAGUGUUCAUCUUCUCUCUUUCUCUCUCUAAGUUAGAUCAUAUGACUCACAUGAACAACUGGUUGGGUUUCUCAUCUCUCUCUCCUCGUGAUGAUGAUCAAGAUCAAACCCACCGUGGCCACGGCUUCUCCUCCGCCGUGGAUGUCCCCGGAGAUUGCUUCGAUCUCGCCGCAGACGAGUCCUCUGCCGCCGUCGCCGUGCCCGCGAUUCCUUCCCCUUUUGCCCUCCUCGACCCCUUCACCAGAGACAACAAUAGUCACUCCCGAGAGUGGAACAUCAAUGGCGGUGCAUGCAAUAGUCAAAAUGGUCCGAAGCUUGAGAACUUCUUUGGUCUCAACCAAACCGCCGUUUACGACAGCAUUAACAUCAACGAGGAUAACGCCAUAAACUAUGGAAACUGCGGCGGAGGCGGUGGCUCGUUUGGGCUUUCAAUGGUGAAGACUUGGCUGCGUGACCAACCGGCGAAUUAUGCUGAGAACAACGUUGACGGCCAUGGCGGUGCACGAGGCUUGUCUCUUUCUAUGAGCUCGUCUUCCGACAACAAAAAUAACAACACCGAUAAUGAUAUGAAACACGAUAGUUGUGAUAGUGCUGUCCAAGAGAAGACGUUGUCAGAGACCACUGUUGGUUUAGAAGCCGUGCCGAGGAAAGCUGUCGACAGUUUCGGACAGAGGACGUCUAUAUACCGCGGUGUAACAAGGCACAGAUGGACGGGUAGAUACGAGGCACAUUUAUGGGACAACAGUUCCAAAAGAGAAGGCCAAACUCGGAAGGGAAGACAAGUUUAUCUAGGAGGUUAUGACAAAGAAGAAAAAGCUGCUAGGGCUUACGAUUUAGCCGCACUUAAAUAUUGGGGCACCACAACGACUACCAACUUCCCGAUAGGUGAUUAUGAGAAAGAGAUCGAAGAGAUGAAGCACAUGACAAGACAGGAGUAUGUUGCAUCCUUGAGGAGGAAGAGCAGUGGGUUCUCUCGUGGUGCGUCCAUGUAUCGCGGAGUAACAAGGCAUCAUCAGCACGGGAGGUGGCAAGCAAGGAUUGGUAGAGUCGCGGGCAACAAAGAUCUCUACUUGGGAACUUUCAGCACGCAAGAAGAGGCCGCGGAGGCGUACGACAUAGCGGCCAUCAGAUUCCGGGGAUUGAACGCAGUGACGAACUUCGACAUGAACAGAUACAACGUUAAGGCCAUUCUCGAGAGCCCGACUCUUCCCAUUGGGAGCGCUUCUAAACGACUCAGAGAAAGUACCACUGAACAGAUGACAAUUGCGAGUACCGUUUCAGACGAAGAAAGUUCCCUCAACACUGCAAGUGGAGUCAACAACCUUUGGCCUUCCAUCUCGUUUCAUCUCCCUAAUCAAGGACAGCUUCUGAGCAGCUCGUUGCCAAGAUACGAUGUCGGAAUCGGACAGGGCCGAGAUUGGUGCCACCAAGAACAGGAUUCCGAGCUUAAGCCGAGCCACGGGUUUCAGCAUUUCUUCGAUAGCUCGCCCAGUCUCGUGAUGGGUUCAAGCGAUUCAGUGACUAUCUGUGGACGUGAGGACGGGUUUGGUGGCUACCAAGGAGCUGGGUACGGUGGCAGGAACAGCGGAUUCGUUGUCCCUAUGGCCACAUCGGUUCUUUCCAACGAGAACGUGAUGAUCAAUGGCAGUGUAUACAGCGUGCCUGACGUUACUUGCGAUGCAAGAAACGCGUAUUGCCUUGCACAGCAAGCGGCAUCGUCGGAGAGGGAUUUGCCGAUGGGGGUUCCUAAUGUUGCAGCCGUUGGUUCUAACAUGUACAGUGGAGGGGCUUCAUCGACGUUCACUGUUUGGAGAGACACAUAGAAAGAAUGGGUAGUAGAAAAAGAAAAUAACGCUAUUUUUCUUGCUUUGUGUGAACUGUUCUUGCAUCCUCGGACGGUUUUUAUUUCGUCAGACUUUCAUUAUUCGGAUUUUCAGCUUUAUGGCCAAAUUUUCAU